GUGGAGUUUGUUUGAGCUCCGCCUCUAAACCUUUAACCCCCACAGAAACUAUCUGAACUAUUUAAGCACACACACACACACACACACACACCGAGAGAGAGAGAGAGAGAGAGAAAUGUGUGUGCGUGUGUGAUUUGAUUUCAGUGGAUCAUGGAGCAGCGCUCUGACCGCGGUGUGUCGGAGUCUCCUGGCCGCACGGAUGCGCUUCUAACACGGUUACUUUUGCUCCGGAGCGCCGCUGAACGGAACUAAAGCUGGAGGAUCGGAUCGGUACCGAUGGCUGAUCCUCUGCGGAGGACAAUUCUAGCCAAACUCAGGGGCAAGAAACCCAAAGGGAAAGACGCGAGCACCGCGAACCGGCCGAGAGAAGGUAAAGAAAAAGUUUCUCAGAUGCAAACAGAGAGAAUUUACAUAUCAAACGCGAUGAGGGCUGAGCAGAGCUGCGCGAACGCGGAUCCGGUUCCCCGGUGCGCCGGGGGUCCCGCUGAUCAAAGCGAACGGACCGAGCUGAAGCGCUUCCACACGCCGCGGGUCCGCGGAGACUCGAUCGGCUUCGGCGGCUGCGAUUUAAAACCCAAACGAGAGGCUUUAAAGCUAACAGAUGGUCAAGAUCUAAAGAAUAAUGAGCCAAAUGUUACAUUACUCGAGCAAAAGGCCGAGAAAAACAUUACGGGCGACUUUAGGAGCCCACAACCUCACGUGUUUGAUUAUAUAGACGCGGAAAGUGAUCUAAUUCAGGUUAUAGAGAGUUCUCUGGAGUAUCAUGGAGAUUUUAGGAUGCCCACGUUACAAAGUCCAACUUUUUUCCCCACUGAUCUGGAAAUAACAUUGGCCCCUGGGCUGAGAGACGGGGCCCCUCGACACCACUCAGUCGACAGUGAGGACGACGAUUAUUACGAUAACCAAAUUCUGCCCUUUUAUGAGUCGUACACUCAGUUGAACGACCGAAAUAAAAAUAUCGGUGAGCCAAUAUCGGCGUCGGGGUCAAACAAAACCGUGCAAGAAACAGACAGACUGAAGUCGCAACUAAAAGAGGCGUAUUAUUUGCUAAUAAACACAAUGCAUAACAUCAGUUUCGACGGUCAGGUUGAAGAUAACGGAUUUGUGGAUCAGGCCAGUAGCGCAAGUCAAUCCAACGAUAGUGUUAGCACAGGAAGCGACGCGUCGGAAGAACGUCGGAACGAUUCUGAUUCGCCGCUGUUUGCGUUUAUCGGACGAUGUGGGGUGGGAUUGACGGGGUCUUCGCAAAGCAGAAGCUUGCAGAAUAUUCGCAACAUGAAUCCCAAACCGACGCUCCAGCGGUCGGUGAGCGAUAGCAAGGUGAAGUACUCGUCAAAUCGCGAGGAAGAACCGCGAUCUGCGGUCGCAUCGGGACGCGUUGCGCAAAUGGCGAACCCUAUGGAAACCCUACCGACGCCUGUUUCGACGCGACAAUCCUGCGACGACGCAACGGUGCCCAAACAUCCUGGAGUCACCGUCAACAAGAUGCAAGAGUGGAUGCAGAAAGGUCGCGUGCUUUCGUCCGAAAUGAAGCAGAGGAUCGCUGGUUCUUCGCUGAGAGCCAAUCAUGUGAGGCCAAAAACGGUGCGACAGCAGACAGCAGUGAUGGAGUUCGUCUGUCAGCGUCAGACCCCAUUUAACCACAUCACCGUCUCUAAGAAACGCCAGUGGCUCCAGCAGAGCUCCGUCACAGCGCCCCCUGCAGCUGAGGAGGAGCAAACACAAACACACCCGCCAUCUGACUCACUUCUGACAGACAGAGAAGCGCGUCCUCGCCGCCUCCCGCUGUCCGCCGCUAAAGUCAAACACGGCCGAGUCCCGCGCCGGACCGACCCAGCCGAGGAGAACGACGCCGAUGACGAGGGGGAGAUCUGGUACAAUCCCAUCCCGGAGGAUGAGGAGGCCGAUCUGCUGCGCUGCGUUCCCGUCAUCAGAGUCCAGACGAGACGAGCGGAAGCAGACGAAAGACAGACGCAGGAGGAGAGCAGAGCCACAGAUCCUUCAGAGCAGUCCACUGGUGGACUUUCUCCCUCUUCUAGUCCCAACCCAGCUAAAAGGAGCACUACUAUGAACUGGUCUUUUCCUGAUAAAAUCAAGUCACCACGGACGGUCCGAAAACUCUCUAUGAAGAUGAAGAAACUGCCUGAUCUAAGUCGGAAGCUUAGUGUUAAAGGGAACCCAUCUAGCAAUGUGGCCAUCAGCAACAGCCAAUCAGAACCCAGGGCUCACUCGCCAAGAGCCAAUGGGAUGGCAGAGCUGGGCCAGUCCCAGUCCAGACUGUCCCCGGCAGGUGUGACGACUGCAUUGGCGAGUGGUAAUGUGAUUUGGUGGUACCAUUUGGACAGCAGUGUUUCUACACAGCACAACUUCGAUAAGAGGAGGAGCAACAGCGGUGGCAUUCCCAAAUCGGCCAGUAAGGGAGGUUACCUAAGCGAUGGAGACUCGCCCGAACUUGUGGCCAAGUCAGGAAAGCACGGAAACUCAGAAAGAAAGAACGGUAAAGCCCGGGACAGGGAUCCCAAUGGGAACGGUGGAAGUCAGAGGCUCCCUGGCACGGAGCUGGAUAUCGACGCCUUCCGUUCGUAUAGUUUCUCUGAGCAGCCAAAGUGCCUAACAUACAUCUCUGGACUAAUGAGUCUGCACUUCUAUGGCGCAGAGGACUUGAAACCACCGCGGGUUGAUUCCCGCGACGUCUACUGUGCAAUCCAGGUGGACUCUGUCAACAAAGCUCGUACGGCCUUGCUUACCUGUCGGACAGCCUUCCUGGGCAUGGACCACACCUUCAACAUUGAUUUGGAGAACGCUCAGCACCUCAAACUUGUCGUUUUCAGUUGGGAGUCCACACCACGAAGGAACCGGGUGUGCUGCCAUGGGACUGUGGUUCUCCCGGCCUUGUUUCGUGUACGUAAGACGCACCAGCUUGCUGUCCGCCUGGAACCACGUGGAAUGAUCUAUGUGAAGCUGAGCCUCAUGGAGCAGAGGCAGAACUCUCUUGAUGGCCAGGAGGGGGAUCACAAAAUGAAGGUGUUUGGCGUAGAGGCUCGGCGCGUGGUGGAACGGGAAGCUUCUGGAUUAAUGGUUCCACUACUCAUCGAGAAAUGCAUCUCUGAGAUCGAGAGGAGGGGUUGUCAGGUGGUGGGUCUGUAUCGUCUGUGCGGUUCGGCUGCGGUGAAGAAGGAGCUGCGGGAAGCGUUUGAGAGGGACAGUCACGCCGUCGAGCUCUCGGAAAACAACUACCCAGAUAUUAACGUCAUUACAGGCGUGUUGAAGGACUACCUCCGUGAGCUUCCUCAUCCUCUCAUCACCAAGCCGCUGUAUGAGUCUGUUCUGGACUCGAUGGCCAAGAGGCCGCUGCAGAUGGGAAGCGGCGGCUGUGAGAACGACUCGGCCGACUCGGAUCACGCUGUCGGUUUGCUGGAGUUCCUACCGGAGGUUGAGAAGGCGACCCUGCGGAAGCUUCUGGAUCACCUGAAGCGUGUGGCGUCCCAUCACGAGGUGAAUAAAAUGACCUGUCAGAACCUGGCGGUGUGUUUCGGGCCGGUUCUGCUCAGCCAGAGACAGGAGGCGUCCUGCCACGGGAACCGGGUCUUCAUCGACUCUGAGGAGCUGGCCAGCGCUCUGCACUUCAAGAAACACAUCGAGGUCCUUCAUUACCUGCUCCAGCUCUGGCCAGUUGUGGAUGCUCAGGGUAAAUCUUCAUCUCCGGUUCCUGCCUCGGUGGAGUCGCUUCCAGCAGUGACGGCUGCCGUAAGGAGGAGGAAAGAGCGUCCACAGGUGCUAAAUCUAACAGAGUCGGACAUGGCAGGCGUUUUGCGGCCCAGAGCUGGCCGUCUGGACAGUCCCAGUAACCGCUAUGCUGGGGACUGGAGUGGAUGCCGGGAAACGUACCUCAAACCGAGCUGCCCGGAGGAGGCAGACUAUGAUGACGUUCCCAGCGAAGAACCUUCGAACGCAGGACAGGAGGAACAGGAGGACUUAUCGAAGGGUACUACAGAUGUAGUCUCCGAACAAGAGUUGCCCGAGUUGGACCGGGCAGUGGAGAGAGUUGAGGAAAUGCAGAUAGAGGAGGAAGAGGAAGUGAGUGAGGAAGAGAAUACAGUAGUUUUGGACAAGCUACAAGUGGAGGAACCUCUUCCCACAAGCCCCUAUGAUGAGAUCCUCCCAGAGCACCGACCCAAAGAGCACACCUACCAGGCCUACAUGAAGAUCCAGGAGAUCAGCCCAGUCCUAAGCAACAGGGUCAACCUGCGGGACCUGCAGGAGAGCAUCGACACACUAAUCGGCAACCUGGAGAGGGAGCUCAACAAGAACAAGCUCAACAUAGGGUACUGACUUUUUACGAGGACAGACGAAAUAUGGUUGUGAUUCCCUAGAGACAUCAGCGCUAUGGAACGUUAUUGCUCCCAUGCAUACUUGGGAUGCAUGUACAAGAAGACAUUCCUCACUUCUGAUUUGUUUUCAUUUGUCUCCUGGUCUCCAUGUUGUUGAUCUCAUCAUUGUUUUUCUUCUUAUGAGAAGAACUCAUUGAACCCUGAGGGGUGCACCAGGUGCCUUCAUUGUGUUAAGGUGGUGCUUAUGACAGCGAGAGCUUUUUACUUUCUACGGAGGUACAAAACAUUACGAUACAAACCAAUGCACUUAUGGGGCCUGCUGUUAAAUGCACGGCCAGUUCAGGUACAGGUGUGAAGCCUUAUGGUGGGAUAACUAGGUACUACAGAUACAUCCUUAAACCAGGGGUACUCAGUCCUUCUCAUGGAGAUAUUGAAUUCCCUGCCCUUACCCCAACCCUAUGACCCCAGACCAUACAUCAAGGAUCUCAAACACAAAUUACCUAUUGUGGAGGUGGUGUUAGAUGGUUGUUUAAGAUCCCUGCACCCUACUCUCUAAACUCUGAAUGUUAUAUCCUAAACUUAACCCUCCAGCUCUAAUUAAACACACUUAAUCCAACUAAUCACUUAAAGAGGAGGUAGAUCACAAAGAAUGGAAUUGAGCACCUGACCCUGAACCCUACAUUAGGGGUCUUGAAUUCAAAUUACCUAGUGAGAUGGUCUUAGUUGGUAAUUUAGGAUCCCUUCACCCUACUCCCUAAACUUUAAAUGUUAUAUCUUAACCCUAUCCUAAACCUCACACCCUAACCAGGGGUGUUUGUUCCUCUUCCUGGAGAUCCAGCUUACUGUAGUCUUCAGUUCCCUCCAAUCACACUUGAACCAGCUAAUUAAGGUCCUGGGGUUCACUUAAAGAGGAGGAGGGUAGAUCACCAGGAGCAUGAUUAAGUACCCUAACCCCAACCCUAUGACCCUGAACAAUACAUCAGCUGUUUCGAAUACAAAUUAGCUAGUCAGGUGGUGUUAGCCAGUAGUUUGAGAUCCCUGCACCCUACUCCCUAAACUUUGAAUCUUAUAGCAUAACUCUAUUCUAAACCUUAACCCUUACUGGCGGUUUGUUCCUGCUCCUGGAGAUCUGGCUUCCUGUAGCCUCCAAACACACUUGAACCAGCUAAUCAAGGUCUUGGGGUUCACUUAAAGAGGAGGAUGGAUCACCAGAAGCAGGAUUGAACACCCCAACCCAACAACCCUAAAAUCUACAUAAUUAUCCGGUAGUUUGAGAUCCCUGCACCCUACUCCCUAAACUCCGAAUGUUAUAGCCUAACUCUAUCCUAAACCUUACACCCUUACCAGUGGGUUCGUUCCUGCUCCUGCAGAUCCAGCUUCCUGUUAUCUCCAAACACUCCACACCAGCUAAUUAAGGUCUUGAGCUUCAAUUAAAGAGGAGGGAAGGUAGAUCACCAGGAGCAGGCUUAAGUACCCUAACCCCAACCCUACAACCCUGAACCCCACAUCAGGGGUCUCGGAACACAAAUUACCUAGUGAAGUGGUGUUAGCCAAUAGUUUGAGGUCCUUGUACCCUGCUCCCUAAACUCUGAAUGUUAUAUCCUAACCCUGACCCUUAACCCUCACACCUAAACAAGGGAUGUCCAGUCCUGUUCCUGGAAGGCCACCUUCAGCUCCAGCUCUAAUCAGUCUUUAACUACUAUCUUUUAACAUUCAGGCAAAUGUGUUGAAGAUAAACUUUGCAUGAAGGUGGCUCUCCCAAGAGCAGUAUCGGACACCCAACACCCUUUCCAUUCAGGGAGCGACUAAAUGCUGCUGGUCUAGUUGAGGUUGUGGUCGUAUGAGAUUAAAACAGCGACUGUUUGAGUUUUUUCCUUGUAAAAAUUCUUCAACGAGCUAAACAAGCUAUGGACAGCUGAACAUGAAUAUGCUUGUAGUAAGUAGUAAAAAUAAAUAUUUAAUAAUAGUUAGGCAGAACUUUAAUGUAAGUUUUUGAGAAUUAAUUUUAAAAAGUAACUUAAAAUUGCUGACGUUUAUUUUGCUUUUGAUGUGCGCUCCCUAAACACAUACUGAAUGGGUAUAAUUUCACUUAAUAUUAAAAAGCAAUCUAAAUGGUAACCAUGGUAACACGAUGACUCCAUGACAACACUCAGCAGUCCAGGGAUACAAACUCAUCAGUAUUUGACAGACACAUGUAUGUAUGUAUGUAUGAAUAUAGUCGGAUUAUGUAUUUUCGAGGACAUACACUUCGGUUUGUGCAUAUUUAAAUGUUCGUCAGCUACCUUGUAGUAUUUGGCCUGUAGAUCAGCCUUAAAUAAAUAUAUACAGUAUAUAUAUAUAUUUUGUUGGAUCUAUGUAAUGAUAUAACCCACAGUCAGAACUGCGAGGGAUUCUGGAUAUUUUGUGGUCACGAAAGUGCAGGAAAUUUGAGCAUUGCAUGGUCAAGAGCUUUAUGGUCAAAAAUUAAGUGUUUCUCAGUGUCUCCUACAGCGGGAUGUAUUUAUGCGUGUAGAUAGAGAUUAUUUUAAUUACAGUGAAAUUCUGUUUUUCUCCAUUUGGCAGCUGCUCACGUUUAUGGCUCGGUUGUAAAUUUGCAGGUCUUGUGAAAGAAAGACUGAAUCUUUACACGAGCGGUUUGUUUUCUGAUUGUGCUUCUCGCCUGACAAUGCUACAGUCUUUGGUUGAAAAUCUCAUUUUAAAAGAUCUAAAUAAAGGACUUGUUACACAGCAAUAGAAAGUAGAAACCAAUGAAAUAAUUUGGGUUACAGGAGGUAAACCAGUUGUGUUCCCACCAAAUCUAGUCGUCUGGAGGUUUGUUUCUUAGUUGGGACGGUCACACUAGAUUUUAAGCAUGCAAAAGUAUUAACUUUUUUUGCAUUCGUUUUUUGCUAUAUAUAUAUAUAUAUAUAUAUAUAUAUAUAGGCAACAGGAUACGAUGUCAUGCAUACAGACUUCUCAUUUGAAUGCAUUAUAAAUAAUAAUAAUACAUUUAGGAUAUUAACUAUUCCAGUUUGUAGAUUUCAGUAUGCAUGUUUUUAAAUGUGUAUUGAUGUGAAUCUAGUGUGACCACACCUUUGGAGUGUUUGACCUGGUUUCUUAAAGUCUGAUUUAAGAUCAGAUUCCUGUCGUACAACGACUGAUCUACGGUCAGCAAGAAGGAAACUUGUGAGCUGCUUUGAUAAACAUUCCUGUUUUUCUCCUUUGUCUCUGCUGCGGUUUUUGUAAAAGUUUGGUUGUGCUUAAAUGAACGUACGACUAAAGCAGAUAUUCUUUGUACUGAUAUUGAGAAGUAUAUGAUCACAUUAAAGUUUAUGUUUCAUGCA